AUGGCAGCGGUGCCCAGCAGCAGGAAUAGGAGUCUUGGAGCGCAGGUUACUUCCGGCCGGUCAGCACUGCUAGUGCUGACGCUGGCAGCUGUCCUACUUGCUGUCACCGCCAUCACCUCGCCCGCCAUCACCUCGCCCGCCAUCGCCUCGGCCGCCAUCACCGCGCCCGCCAUCACCGCGCUCAUCAAGCCCGCCACCACUGCGCCAGUCUCCACCCCCUCCACGCCCAAACAAGGCACCCCGUCCCCCCCCCCCCCUACCCCGCCACCCGAAGGUGGCCUCCGAUUGGUUCGCGGGAAAGCGGGAAAUGUUGGGCGGCUGGAGGUGCAACUGACCUAUCCCGACGAAUGGGUUGCUCUAUGUGAUGAUGGCACGUUCACUGCAUACGAGGCCGGGGUGGGUUAUUACAUGCAUAUGUAUGCAAUCAUGCGUUGUAGCAGUUGCUCACCUGCUGGUGCCCUGCCUCCCCUGCCUCCUUUCCUCCCCAUCACAUGGUGUCUUUACUCGGUGCUGGAUGCGUAUGCUUUCCGUUGGCUGCUCUUUUGCAAGAUGUUGGGCUACUCUUAUGGCCGCCAGUUCUAUGCCCAAGGCAUCAGCACCUAUGGCCCCGAUGAAUCCGAUCCGCCCGAGCUCCGAGGGAACUUGGUGUGCACGGGUGAUAAUGAUUCCUGGCCGCCAUAUGCAUUCGUCGUGCAAGAGAUCAAUUUCACUAGUCAGCAGGAGGUGUCAUGCCAGGCGUUCCACGUUGCCUGCCCCCGCAACAUGUUGGUAGCAAUGGAAUGUUCCAAGACGCCGUUUAAAUAUAAUGGGCCUCCACCGCCGCCAUCUAUCCCCAGUCCGCCACCGCCACCACCCCCACCGCCCAACAUGCAAGAUCUCAUCCGCCUUAUCCGUCUUACGGAUUCAGCCCCCUGGGCGCCCGAUGGACUUGUCGUGCUUUUGGUCAACUCGGCGGAUGGUGGCGAGCCCGUAUGGGCGCCCUUGUGUGCUGAUGGUAUAGCUGAAGUGGAUACGAUUGCUAACAUGCUGUGCAAGCAGAACGAUGGCUUCCGUGACUCACCCAUCCGUACCAUUAUUGGAUCUGCGUGGGAGGCAAUCGAGAUUACACAGGCAUCUACAAUCAGCGAUUUUAACCCUUCCGAAUAUUCACACUGGGUAACGGUGGUGGGCGGCAUCAGCAGCAGCGCCUACACAGUGUACGACACACAGUUGCAG